AUGGAUGCACCAGGUAAAGCACCGAUGGCAUUCGUCACACACAAAGGAUUAUUUGAAUGUACGGUGAUGCAUUUCGGACUCACCAACGCACCAGCCACUUUGCAACCACUUAUGGAUAUUGUACUAGCUGGUCUUAAAUGGCAAUGCUGUUUAGUGUACCUCGAUGAUAUCAUCGUCUAUUCCUCAACAUUUGAACAGCACCUUGAAGAUCUUUAUAAAGUUUUCUUAGCUCUUGCUGAUGCCAAUCUGACACUCAAGACUUCAAAAUGCAAUUUUUGUCAACAAGAAAUAAAAUUCCUCGGACAUCUUAUUACCCCAAAUGGUACUAAACCAGAUCCCUGCUUGAUUGCCACAAUUGAACAAUUUCCCCAACCUACACUGUCUUGUUCUCCUCUCGCCUGGAAUAAUGAUUGCACGGUACGUUCCACGCGUUAA